CGACAUUCUGCAAUCUGAUAACCAUUCCACCCCUCUUUUACUUUCUCGUCCAGCGUUGAACCACACCCCAGAUCACCACAAUGCCCCACGCCGACUCGUCCUACUUUGGCGCCAACGCCUCCAAAUCCGACAUCUACACCCAAGUGCUCGAGCAAGCGCAGGGUCUUGUAUACGGACAGCGCAACUGGGUCAGCAACUUCUCCAACGUCGCCUCCCUGCUGUGGCACGCCUACGCCACCCUCCCCAGCCCCUCCUCCUCCGUCAACUGGGCCGGCUUCUACAUCCGCCAGGACAAGUUCCCCAAUGCCCAGCCCACCGACGCCCAGAAGCAGGUGCUCUGGCUGGGGCCUUUCCAGGGCCGGCCGGCGUGUCAGGAGAUUCGGUUCGGCAGGGGCGUGUGCGGCACGGCGGCUGAGAAGCGCGAGACGGUCCUUGUGGGUGAUGUGUUGAGCUUCCCGGGCCAUAUUGCCUGCGAUGCGAGCUCGAGGAGUGAGAUUGUCGUGCCGAUUUUGGUGGGUGGGGAGACGGUUGCGAUUAUUGAUGUUGACUGUACCGAGCCCGAUGGGUUUGAUGAGGUUGAUCGUAAGUAUUUGGAGGAGUUGGCCCGGCUUUUGGCGGAGGCUUGUGAUUGGUAGGGGUUGUUCUGUUGCGCAUAGAUUGGGAUUAGAUUGUCGGUAGCUGUAUAUUGAUUUCGAUGGAUUUGGUUAUGGUGUUAGAUGUAAUGAAUAGUAUUAAUGGACGUGGUGCGUGGAGUUGUUCGACUGGGGUGGAAAUAUAGGGUAGAGGUAUGAAUGGUAAGGAUGGCGCACUCUACGUCUUACGCUGCAGAAUAUGCCAAUCGCCGAAUAAGAUCCGUUGAUCUAAGAGCUGUCUAUCAUAUGUAGAUUACUGU